AUGCAGCCAAACUCGUCGAUUAACCAAGAGCGCAUCCAUGACGAACGCUCGCCGCUCCUUGCGGGCGUUCAGCACCUUCCAGACCAUCGUGUCCCAGCUUCGAUAGCACGGCGGCUCUACCUAUCACAUUUCCUGUCAACAUGGAACUCACGCGUUUUCGAGUUCGGCGCCGUUUUGUACAUGGCCACCAUAUUCCCCGGAACGCUUAUGCCCAUGUCUGUGUACGCAUUCGUACGUGGACUAUCUGCUAUCGCUUUCGCGCCGGCGGUUGGCAUGUAUAUUGAUACUGGCAAUCGUCUGCAGGUCGCUCGAGUGUCUAUUGUCUUUCAGAGAGUCGUCGUCGCUGCCUCCUGUGCCAUCUUCUAUAUCCUCCUCAAAGGGCUUCCCGCUGGCUCUCCCGCGGGACUCGGCCUGCUCCUAGUCGCCACCUUGUUCGCCUGCAUCGAGAAGCUUUGCUCUAUAAUGAACCUCGUGUCGGUCGAGAAGGACUGGGUGGUAGUUGUUGCAGAGAAAGAUCCUGAGGCCCUUCGAAUCAUCAAUGCACAGAUGCGACGUAUCGACUUGCUCUGCAAACUACUCGGUCCUCUCUUCAUCGCCUUGAUAGAUGGAUAUUCCUCAGAGGUAGCCAUCGUCGUCAAUUUCGCCAUGAAUGCGGCAUCAGUCGUUGUCGAGUACUUCGCAAUCGCGAGAGUUUACUGGGAGGUCCCGGAACUACAGAGGUCCAAGCAGGAGCAUCAGCCAUCAGUUCAAUCCGGCUCGUCGCAGGAUUCUGGUGGCUUGGGUAAGAGAAGCUGGCAACGGCUCAAAAUUGUUGUCACCAGGUCUGCCACCGACUUUUAUUUUUACUUUAACCACCGCGCCUUUCUUCCGUCUUUUGCUGGCGCCAUGCUCUACUUCACGGUGCUUAGCUUUGCUGGCCAAAUGGUUACAUACCUUCUUUCCGCUGGCUAUAGCUCGAUGCAGAUAGGUUUUGCUCGAACCUUGAGUGUUGUCUUCGAAGUCCUAGCAACGUGGUUUGCGCCUUGGCUCAUGGGCCGGAUUGGGGUUGUGAGAGCCGGCCUCUGGCUCAGUGCCAGUCAGGUUAUCACGCUGGCUGCUGGAUUUGCUGUGUUUUGGAUUUGUGAGAAAAAUUCCCUUCUCUCGGCUAGUGGCCUUGUUGUGGGAACAAUAUUGAGUCGUCUGGGCCUCCGUGGAUUUGAUCUCUGCAUUCAACUCAUCGUCCAAGAGGACGUCGAGGCUGAAAGUCGCGGUGCGUUUUCCUCUGUUGAGGCCGCUUGGCAAAAUGCCUUUGAGCUCCUCUCAUACGCUUCAACUAUACUUUUUUACCAUCCGAAUGAGUUCAAGUGGCCCUCGCUUCUUUCUGUUGCAGCCGUCAUUUCAGCGAGUGUAGCAUACACGAUAUAUGUCUAUCUCCGUAGGGGUCAUCUCUUGCAUCUUGAGUUAUUGACAGGUUUAUUGAAGACCAAGAAGGCAAAGCAGGCGGAACAUGAUAGGGGGAUUAGUCGGAUUACCUCUACUUCCGAUGUCUAG